CCCGUCAAUCGUUGUUUUUGUCUAUAGACUCUCUUUUUCUUCCGGUUGUCAAUAUGGGUGUCGACAUCAACCAUAAACACGACAGGAAAGUUAGGCGUACCGAAGUUAAAUCUCAGGAUGUAUACCUGAGGUUGCUUGUAAAAUUAUACAGAUACUUGGCCAGACGUACAAAUGCCAAGUUUAACCAGAUUGUCUUGCGACGGCUGUUCAUGAGCCGUAUCAACCGGGCGCCUAUAUCUUUGUCUCGUCUUGCUCGCCACAUGAAGAAACCCACUCGUGAAGGUCUGAUUGCUGUGGUUGUUGGAACUGUUACCAACGACGUAAGGCUGUAUACAGUACCUAAGCUGUCUGUUGCUGCACUUCAUGUGACUGAAAAGGCACGCGCCCGUAUCUUGGCUGCUGGAGGUGAGAUUUUAACUUUCGACCAGCUGGCUCUCCGUGCUCCCACUGGCCGCAAGACUGUUCUGGUCCAGGGACGUAGAAAUGCCCGUGAAGCUGUACGUCACUUUGGUCCUGCACCAGGUGCACCGCGCUCACACACCAAGCCUUAUGUACGCUCAAAGGGCCAUGAACGUUCAAGACCAAGCCGUCGUUCAAAUGUGUAAUCUUUUAAUAUAAGGAGUACUACCUA